GAUCGAUCCUGACGAUAAAUAUUGUAACAUGUACAGUGAAAUGUCGAAAACCUUUCAAAAACUCACCUGAAUAGGUUAUGAGUUUAAUAGACAUAAUAAUGUAUGUUAAAGAGAAACAAGCGGAAAGAUAACUUAUUGAAAUAUCCAGGUGACAAGAACAGAUAGCCCGGAUAUUCAAACAAGUCUCGUUGUCCAAUGUCUCUUGAGUUUCGAUGGUUUACCGAUUGAUAUAUAUAUAAUCCUUGAUUAUACAUAUUGUUCAUUUAGGGGUUACAACGUAUUAAUUUAAAAUGUGAAAAACUUGAAUAUAUGAUGAAAUCAAUGAAAGAUACUCUUACCUUACAAAUGAAUGCUUAUCAGAACCAUAAAAAAAAACUUGACAAUGAAAUUAUGAAAAAGUGUAAAAAUUUUCCGAUGAAGGAGUUUAGAGAUAUUUCAAAAGAAAAUACAUUAUCUUCGGAUAUAGCAAAGCAAUUCACAAAUUCAUUGAAAACAAUCAUGGGACGUAAACGAUAUUUUCAAAUUAUUAAAACUUCUCAUUUGGAGAAUCUUUACAAUCAAAUGAAUGUAAGCCAAUGUUUAGCUCAAACUACUUUCAAACAAUGGAAGAAGCUUAAAGAAGAAAAACAUAAAAUAGAACUACACUCAGAAUGUAUUCGUUUAAAUAAAGCUAAUAAAAUGCAUCAUAACUUAUGGAAAUAUGAUAUACCUGAUAUAUUGAAGAGAAUUGAACUUGACGUAAAUGACUUUGAGAAUGCUAUGAAAAAUAUUGAUAAAAGAUUAAAAAUUGAUAGUGGAAAUUUCAAAAUAAGAGAUAUUUUAGAAAUAUUUACCGGUUGGUAUUUAGAUAUCAAUUUAUUUAUUGUAUUGGCUGCUUUAGCUGAAAAAUUUGACGGUUUAGAAUCCAUUCUUGGCAAUAAUGUGCAUAAAAUUGGUACACAGUCACUGUGUUUGAAAAUAAGGAAAGCAAGAGAAUUAUUCAUAUUAAUCGGUGGAUUAGACAGAAAACAAUAUUUUCAACUAUCUUAUAUUUUUCAACCAAUUAUCAAACUAAACAGUGAUAAAGUAACCAAUGAUACAACCAUAGUUAAUAGGGAUCUAUCUUCAAUGGAUUCUUAUCAUAAACCAUUUGGACAUAUUGAAAUGAAAGAUUUAAUGGUCUUCUUUCAUGCUGCUAAUCUAUCACAAAUUCAUGUACAACAAUUAAUUACAUAUUUAGAUAAUAAAAACAAUGGUACCAUUGAUUUUGUUACAUUUUUAGAAUAUCUUCCUUUAUUUGUUGAAUCACAUCAACACAUUAUAUAUAAUCCAAAUUUAAAUAAUAAAAAUAUAUUCAAUAUAUAG